CCUGCCCUCCGGACAGGGCCGGGUUGGUGGCCAGGGCGACAGCGGAGUGGGCUGGUGGGCGUGGCCGGGACACGUGGUGCGGAACCGACGCCGCGCCUGCUGCUGCAUGCUCAUGGGCUCUGUCUUGCUGAGGCUCCUCCAGAUGAGUGCCUCAGUGGAGAGAUCCGAGCUGGCUGGGAGAACCUUCAAGAUCUGCGGUCUGGGGUCUGGUUGAAAGAUGGCAGCCCUCGCUACCCUGUUUAAGUAUAUUGAUGAAAAUCAGGAUCGCUACAUUAAGAAACUUGCAAAAUGGGUAUCUAUCCAGAGCGUGUCUGCAUGGCCCGAGAAGAGAGGCGAAAUCAGGAAGAUGAUGGAGGUUGCCGCUGCAGACGUCAGGCAGUUGGGCGGCUCUGUGGAACUGGUGGACAUCGGAAAACAAAAGCUCCCUGAUGGCUCAGAGAUCCCGCUCCCUCCUAUUCUGCUUGGCAGUCUGGGCUCCGACCCACAGAAGAAAACGGUGUGCAUUUACGGGCACUUGGAUGUGCAGCCUGCGGCCCUGGAGGACGGCUGGGACAGCGAGCCCUUCACCCUGGUGGAGCGAGACGGCAAGCUGUAUGGGAGAGGUUCAACUGAUGAUAAGGGCCCCGUGGCCGGCUGGAUGAACGCCCUGGAAGCGUAUCAGAAAACAGACCAGGAGAUUCCUGUCAAUGUCCGGUUCUGCCUCGAAGGCAUGGAGGAGUCAGGCUCUGAGGGCCUAGACGAGCUGAUUUUCGCCCAGAAAGACAGCUUCUUUAAGGACGUGGACUACGUCUGCAUUUCUGACAACUACUGGCUGGGGAAGAAGAAGCCCUGCAUCACCUAUGGCCUCAGGGGCAUCUGCUACUUCUACAUCGAGGUGGAGUGCAGCGACAGAGACCUGCAUUCCGGGGUGUACGGGGGCUCGGUGCACGAGGCCAUGACUGAUCUUGUUUUGCUGAUGGGCUCCUUAGUGGACAAGAGGGGGAACAUCCUGAUUCCCAGCAUUAACGAGGCUGUGGCCGCCGUGACGGAAGAGGAGCACAAGCUGUACGACGACAUUGACUUUGACGUGGAGGAGUUUGCCAGGGAUGUGGGGGCGCACACCCUCCUGCACUGCUGCAAGAAAGACAUCCUCAUGCACCGAUGGCGGUACCCGUCUCUCUCCCUCCAUGGCAUUGAAGGCGCCUUCUCUGGUUCGGGGGCCAAGACCGUGAUUCCCAGGAAGGUGGUCGGCAAGUUCUCCAUCAGGCUCGUGCCGAACAUGACUCCCGAAGUCGUCAGUGAGCAGGUCACAAGCUACCUAACUCAGAAGUUUGCCGAACUCCACAGCCCCAACAAGUUCAAGGUGUCCAUGGGCCAUGGUGGGAAGCCGUGGGUCUCCGACUUCAGUCACCCUCAUUACAUGGCUGGGAGAAGAGCCCUGAAAACAGUUUUUGGUGUUGAGCCAGACUUGACCAGGGAAGGCGGCAGUAUUCCCGUGACCUUGACCUUCCAGGAGGCUACAGGCAAGAACGUCAUGCUGCUGCCUGUGGGGUCGGCUGAUGACGGAGCCCACUCCCAGAAUGAGAAGCUCAACAGGCGUAACUACAUAGAGGGAACCAAGAUGCUGGCCGCAUACCUGUAUGAGGUCUCCCAGCUGAAGGAGUAGGUCCGGCUCCUUGUGCUACUUCCAGCGAGAAGGAAUCCCGCCCUGACCUCGCCCUUUUCCGACUUGCCCAGGGGAGUGGAUGUUCCCUGUUUCCUUUCCCUUCUGUCAGGUUAUCCAUGACUUCGGAGAACAGACACAAAUGAAUCCAGCUGUCCACGGGUGUAGCUACCCAAUGGGUUUAUGAGUGACCUGAAGUCACAGUUGAGUAACCCUGGGUAGGUUCUCAGAGUGGUCGGGAUGGCUUGACCUGCAGAAAAUACCCAAGGUCCGAAAGCACAAGGUCCAUGGAAAGUUCUGGCUGUUGGCCGGGCAUGACAGCUCACACCUAUGAUCCCAGCUCUUUGGGAGGCCAAGGCAGGAGGAUCACUUGAGGCCAGGAGUCUGAGACCAGCCUAGGCAUCAAAACAAGACUGUCUCCACAAAAAGUUUAAGAAAUUAGCCGGACAUGAUGGUGUAUGCCCGUAGUCUCAGCCACUCAGGAGGCUUGAGACCAAGAGUUGGAGCCUGCAGUGAGCUAUGAUCGCACCUCUACACUCCACUUGGGCAGUGUAGCAGGACCCUGUCUCUACAAAAAGCCUUUUAAAAAUGAGCCAGGUGUGGUGGCACAUGCCUGUCCCAGCCACUCAGGAUACGGAGGUAGGACGGCUGCUUGAGACAGAGUUGGAGGCUGCAGUGAGCCGUGACUGCCCCCACUGCACUGCAGCCCGGGUGCAGAACGAGGCCCCAUCUCAAAAGUAACAAGUUCUGCUUGUCAUUGAAUUGAGAUGAACAGAGCGCUCGAUGCUUUCCGCCUUGUCUCAGGUGAUGCGUUGCACAUUUGGGACAUUUGGAAAGGAAAUGAGGAAAGGAGUCUGGGGCCUCCCUGAUCUCUCACUGUCUGCAGGUCCUGCCCUUUUCUCAGGACCUUCACCAUUACUGGUGUUUUCCUCUCUUCUCUUUAGUAUGAUCCUCAACACCUCACCUAACUGGAAGAUGAUUUUGUCUCAGUCUGCGCUCCUCAAUAAAAAGUCAACAUGGCACCUCUAAAA